UCAAACUGCCCAGGCAGUUGGGCAGGACAUAGACAUACAGAAGAAAAGAAGAUAAAGAACGGGUGACCAUGGGGAAGAAAGUGGCCAUCAUUGGAGCUGGCGUGAGUGGCUUGGCCUCCAUCAGAUGCUGUCUGGAGGAAGGGCUGGAGCCCACCUGCUUUGAGAAGAGCAAUGACAUUGGGGGCCUGUGGAAAUUUUCAGACCAUGCAGAGGAGGGCAGGGCUAGCAUUUACAAAUCAGUCUUUACCAACUCUUCCAAAGAGAUGAUGUGUUUCCCAGACUUUCCAUAUCCUGAUGACUUCCCCAACUUCAUGCACAACAGCAAGAUCCAGGAAUAUAUCAUUGCAUUUGCCAAAGAAAAGAACCUCCUAAAGUACAUACAAUUUAAGACAUUUGUAUCCAACGUAAAUAAACGUCCUGAUUUUGCAAUGACUGGCCAAUGGGAUGUUACCACUGAAAGGGAUGGGCAAAAAGAAUCGACUGUCUUUGAUGCUGUGAUGGUUUGUUCCGGACAUCAUGUAUACCCCAACCUACCAAAAGAGUCCUUUCCAGGACUGGAACACUUUAAAGGCAAAUGCUUCCACAGCAGGGACUACAAAGAACCAGGUGUAUUCAAAGGAAAGCGUGUUUUGGUGGUUGGCCUGGGGAAUUCGGGCUGUGAUAUUGCCACAGAACUCAGCCACACAGCAGAACAGGUCAUCAUCAGCUCCAGAAGUGGCUCCUGGGUGAUGAGUCGGGUCUGGGACAAUGGUUAUCCUUGGGACAUGGUGCUUGUCACUCGAUUUGGAACCUUCCUCAAGAACAAUUUACCGACAGUCAUCUCUGACUGGUUGUACAUGAAGGAGAUGAAUGCAAGAUUCAAGCAUGAAAACUAUGGCUUGAUGCCUUUAAAUGGAGCCCUGAGGAAAGAGCCUGUAUUUAAUGAUGAUCUUCCAGCUCGCAUUCUCUGUGGCACUGUGUCCAUAAAGCCUAAUGUGAAGGAAUUCACAGAGACCUCAGCCAUUUUUGAGGAUGGAACCAUAUUUGAAGGCAUUGACCGUGUAAUCUUUGCAACAGGAUAUAGUUUUUCCUACCCCUUCCUUGAUGAGUCUAUCAUCAAAAGCAGAAACAAUGAGAUUGUUUUAUUUAAAGGCGUCUUUCCUCCUCUACUUGAAAAGUCAACCAUAGCAGUGAUUGGCUUUGUCCAGUCCCUUGGGGCUGCCAUUCCCACGGCUGACAUCCAGGCCCGCUGGGCAGCACAAGUAAUAAAGGGAACUUGUACUUUGCCUUCUAGGGAAGACAUGGUGAAUGACGUUAAAGAGAAAAUGGACAAAAAGCUCAAAUGGUUUGGCAAAAGCGAUACCAUAUGCACAGAUUACAUUGAAUAUAUGGAUGAACUCGCCUCCUUCAUUGGGGCAAAGCCCAAUAUCCCAUGGCUGUUUCUCACAGAUCCCAAGUUGGCCAUAGAAGUUUAUUUUGGCCCUUGUAGUCCCUACCAGUUUAGGCUGGUGGGCCCAGGGAAGUGGCCAGGAGCCAGAAAUGCCAUCCUAACCCAGUGGGGCCGGUCACUGAAACCCAUGCAGACACGAGUUGUCAGGAGUCUUCAGAAGCCUUGCUUCUUUUUCCAUUGGCUGAAGCUCUUUGUAAUUCCUAUUCUGUUAAUUGCUGUUUUCCUUGUGUUGACCUAAUCACCAUUUUUUCUAGGACUUCUGAAAGUUACUGACAAUACCCAGACAGGGGCUUUGCUAUUUAAAAAUUAAAAUUUUCACACCACCUACUUUCCUAUUCCGCAUCUUUUGCCAGUAUUCUGUAGACAUUGUCAGUAACACAGUGUUAUUUCUAGGCUUUGAAAUAGCCACUUUAAGAAUCAUGUAAUGAUCUAAAGAGAGCACUAAUCAUUUCUGCUUAGGUUCCACUAAUACUUCAAAAUUAGAACUAUGUUUUUUAUGUCUAAUUUAAAUCAUUUCCUGAAACAUUUUGACAUGAUUCCUUUUUCUCUUUAAAUGAUGUUUGAAAGAUGUAUUUUAAAUCUAAACAAAGAGCAAAUUAAGCAGAAUAAUUAUAA